AUGGAACGCGCCCUGCCGGACGGGGCCCUCAAUGUGUCUUGGGGGCCGAGCGCUGGAGAGGCGGCAGCACCCGGCUUCUCUGCCGCCUGGACCGUGGUCUUGGCUGUGCUGAUGGCGCUGCUGAUCGUGGCAACCGUGGUGGGCAACGCUUUGGUCAUGCUGGCCUUCGUGGUGGACUCCAGCCUCCGCACACAGAACAACUUCUUCCUCCUCAAUUUGGCCAUCUCUGAUUUCCUAGUAGGAGCAUUUUGCAUCCCCUUGUAUGUUCCCUAUGUGCUGACUGGGAAGUGGACAUUCGGGAGGAGCUUCUGCAAGUUGUGGCUGGUGGUUGACUAUCUGCUGUGCACUUCUUCGGUCUUCAACAUUGUGUUGAUCAGUUAUGACCGGUUUCUUUCUGUUACCAGGGCGGUUGCAUACCGCGCUCAGCAAGGCAAUACCAGGCAGGCAGUGCAGAAGAUGGUAUUGGUGUGGGUGCUGGCCUUCCUUCUCUAUGGACCUGCCAUUUUGAGCUGGGAGUACCUGUCUGGUGGAAGCAUCAUCCCAGAGGGUGAGUGUUAUGCUGAAUUUUUCUACAACUGGUACUUCCUCAUCACAGCCUCCACGCUGGAGUUCUUUACACCCUUCCUCAGUGUGACCUUCUUCAACUUGAGCAUCUAUCUGAACAUCCAGAAACGAACCCGGGACCGGCUGGAUGUGGGCCGGGAGGAGCCUGGGAGGCUCUUUAGCCAUGAGUCAGAAACAAAUCCCAAGUUCUCCCUGAAGUGCUGGGAGUGGGAACAGAAGAUGCCUCGAGAGACCUUGAACCUUCACAAGUAUGAGGCACACCCUUCAGACAAGCCAGAUGGCGCCCGGGACUCACCCACAUCCAGCUCCAACAGUUCCACCCAUGCUCCUGAAAAGCCGAGGUCUUUGAAAAGGAGCUACAAGCCCUCAGCAUCCACCUCAUCUCUGGAGAAAAGGAUGAAGAUGAUGUCACAGAGCAUCACCCAACGCUUCCGGCUGUCAAGGGACAAGAAAGUAGCCAAGUCUUUGGCAGUGAUUGUGAGCAUCUUUGGUUUAUGCUGGGCCCCCUAUACUCUCCUAAUGAUCAUUCGGGCUGCCUGCCAUGGCCGCUGCAUUCCUGAUUACUGGUAUGAGACAUCCUUCUGGCUGCUCUGGGUCAACUCUGCAGUAAACCCCAUCCUUUAUCCUCUGUGCCACUACAGUUUCCGCAGAGCCUUCAUGAAACUUCUCUGCCCCAAGAAAUUAAAAAUCCAGCCCCACAAUUCCCUGGAGCAUGGCUGGAAAUGA